GUAAAGAGUAGAGUUUAAUACUUUUUAUUAGGAUGAGAAGUAUUACAAUGUUAAUGAACAAAAUCCAAUUUUGUUUUGUCACAUUUUUCUUGCUGUCAGUGAUCUUCAAUUCUAUGAUUGCCUCAUCCAUUACAUCUAGAGAAGUCAGACGUCCCUUGGUUUCCGAAUAUGAGAUAGAUAUUCAGCAUAUUGAAGAAUCUGAUGAAAAGUCGGUGUCUCAAAUAAAAGUAGAAGAAAUUAAGGAUUUGUUGGCAAGAAAGGUUUUAAUUGAAACGACGUCAACACCUAAAAAUUGCACUGGCCAUUGUAACAAGUGUGUUCCAUGCAGAGCUGUCACAAGACCAGUGCCACACCUACCAAACCCACCUCCAAACCUGAAGUAUGGGAAUGUAAAUGCGUUCCACCGAAAAAAUAGUCAUAUUUUGCAAGAGUCCAAACCGGAAGUAUGGGAAUGUAAAUGCUUUCCACCCAAAAAAUAAUUAUAUUUUGCAGGAGUCCAAACCAGAAGUAUGGGAAUGUAAAUGCGUUCCACCCAAAUAAUAAUUGUCAUUAUGUAUAAUUUUAUCUUUUAUUAAAAUAAAUAAUAGAGAACUCUUGCUAAUAAAAC